AUACCAUAAAAUAAUAAUGAACAUCUUUAGAAGCUAUUAUUCGGACCCACUUACUGAAUCUUCAUCAUCUUUUUCUGAUAGUAGCAUUUACUCCCCUAAUAGAGCUAUUUUUUCUGAUGAGGAAGUUAUAUUAGCAUCAAAUAACCCGAAAAAGCCAGCUGGGAGGAAGAAGUUUCGAGAAACUCGACAUCCAGUAUACAGGGGAGUUAGGAAGAGGAAUUCAGGCAAAUGGGUUUGUGAAGUCAGAGAACCCAAUAAGAAAUCAAGAAUUUGGCUUGGUACUUUUCCUACAGCUGAAAUGGCUGCUAGAGCUCAUGACGUGGCGGCUAUAGCAUUAAGAGGUCGUUCUGCUUGUUUGAACUUUGCUGAUUCUGCUUGGAGGUUGCCUGUUCCGGCUUCCUCUGACACUAAAGAUAUUCAAAAGGCGGCCGCUGAGGCCGCGGAAGCCUUCCGACCAUUGAAGUUGGAAGGAAUUUCAAAAGAAUCAUCUAGCAGUACUCCAGAGAGUAUGUUCUUUAUGGAUGAGGAAGCGCUCUUCUGCAUGCCGGGAUUACUUACGAAUAUGGCUGAAGGGCUAAUGUUACCACCACCUCAAUGUGCAGAAAUUGGAGAUCAUGUGGAAACUGCUGAUGCGGAUACCCCUUUAUGGAGCUAUUCCAUUUAAGUAAUUAUGUUACUACUUAUUUUGGAUGCAGUACUCUUCUAGCUAUGAUCUUCCCUAUAAGUAUAAUCAGAUUAAUGCUGAAAGAAGUUCCUUAAAUUAGGAUAUACUUCGUGCUCAAUAUUUGGGUAUGGUGCGAAUUAUUGUAAAGGUAUUGUAAUAUGUGGAUAUUAUAAGUAUGUAUUUCUAUCUAUUAUAUACGUGUAGCAGCAUAAGUAAGUGGUUGGGGCUAAAUGAAAAUCAUUGGCCUAGAGCGUGCGGAUAAGACUAUGAUAUUUAUGACGGUGGUCUAAAGUUUUUUUCUAGUUUAGGCAAGUGAAAAGUAGAUUUGUGGAGUCUAUUUUUCAAGUUGGUAGUUGUAUUUGAAUGAAAUAAAUGGGCAAGUUUUUGAAACCUA